AUGAAUUACAAUAUGAUAGGUGAUAAUAAUCCUGAAAACGAAGGUAGUUAUAAUCACAGAGACUGGUCUAGGCAGAGAAAUGAACAAGGGUUGGAAGACAUUGUAGCCGAAGAGCUUCAACUUAGAAGCUCACAAAUGCUAGAGGGUGAUGAUAUGCAGAGGUUACUAAAGACAAUUAAUGAAGGUGCUAAUUUUGGUCAUUCUAAUGAGAGUUGUUACACCUACAGACUUCAGUAUGAGCCUCAAAUGUAUCAUUCGUUUGUCGAGGAUUCUGUCAAGUGCUUAGGGAAGGCUGUUGUUGGGUGGCUUAAGCUCAAAGCUGCAUUAAGGUGGGGAAUAUUUAUCAGAAAAAAAGCUGCAGAAAGAAGAGCACAGGUUACUGAAUUGAAUUGA